AUGAAAUAUGUGAAAGAAAAUGGGACACUGGACCUGCGCUACAACGUAACGAGGGAUGAGAAGCAAGGGUUAAUGCCAGGCGUGUUCCUCCUCGAGGUCAACCCCCACCCACCUAGAUAUUAUGGCCUCAUGUCUAUUGCGUGGACUUACGGGGUCGACUACUUUGCUCUCCAUGUGCUCUAUGCACUGGGGGACGAAGCCCGCAUGCAAGCUCUAUCCCAGCCAUGUAUGCGGGGACCGCAGCAUGACGGUGUACUCAUGUUAGUUAUCCCGGAGCGUGGGGGGAUUCUCACUUCAGCUAACCCGGCAGAGAAGUUCAGGGACGAGUAUCCAAAAGUCAUGGACGACAUCCUCUUGCGGCGAGAAGCAUGA